AUGCACACCACGAUAACUGUAAAUCGCGAUGGAAGUGCAGUAUUGACUCCAUCAAAAAACGUACGAGUGUCAGAGCUCAUGGACGAAACUGCUCCAAUGAACAACAAUCAAGCUAUCAUUCACCCAGUCGAAAAUCUUUUUAAUGCUGUUCUAAACGCUAGCCCGCGCACUCCUCGCAUAUCUGAGUCACCUUGGCGGCCGUCGUCACGUCGUCUUCGCCUUGAAGAGGUGGAUAUCUCUACGAGUCAAGAGUCCAAUUCCAUUGAGGUGGUUUCUGUCGCAUCUCCUCGUCUCAAAUCUGUCGCUCCACAGGCUAAAAUAAGCGACAUCGAACUAGGACAGGAACGGGACAUGAAUGCUAAGGAUUCCACACCGACAGACCAUUCCUUGAAGGACAGUUCCGAUUUGACUCAUGAAGAUGAAGAGCAUACAUGCAACCAAAUUUCGCAGAUCGUCAGCGAGUGA